GCCCGGCUCCGGGGCGGGCGGGGAUUUGCCACAGCCACAGCGGGAGGCAGCGGGAUAAGGGCGGAUCCCAGGCGAGCCCCUCACCCGCCUUCUCCGCCCGCCCGGGCGCGGCCGUGGGGAUGGAGGAGGGACGGCGGCGAGCGCAGCGCCGGGGUUGUGGCUCUGGGGAUCCUCGGCUCUGCCUUCGCGCUGAGGCGUGCUGACCAUGCUGCCCACGACGCCGCCAGUGCUGCCGGUGAUCCCGCCCGUCUCCGAGACCCCUCUGCAGGAGGAGUUUUAGGGUUUGCUGUGCAGAUCCAUGGACCUGGAGCCCCAUGCCAGCAUGCAGGUGGGGAUGCGGGUGGUCCGUGGAGUGGACUGGAAGUGGGGCAGCCAGGACAGCGGCGAGGGCAACGUGGGCACCGUGGUGGAGAUCGGCCGGACGGGCAGCCUCACCACGCCGGACAAGACCGUGGUGGUGCAGUGGGAUCAGGGCAACAGAACCAACUAUCGCACGGGCUUCCAGGGGGCUUACGACCUGCUGCUCUAUGACAACGCCCAGAUAGGUGUCCGUCACCCCAACAUCAUCUGUGACUGCUGCAAGAAGCACGGCAUCCGAGGCAUGAGGUGGAAAUGCAAAAUGUGCUUUGACUACGACCUGUGCACGCAGUGCUACAUGAACAACAAACACGACCUGUCCCACUCCUUCGAGCGCUACGAGACCGCUCAUUCCCAGCCGGUCCUAGUGAGCCCUCGACAGAAUCUGACUCGCAUCACAUUAAAAGGAACUUUCCAGGGGGCUAAAGUGGUCCGUGGGCCUGACUGGGAGUGGGGUAACCAGGAUGGGGGUGAGGGUAAGACGGGCCGCGUGGUCGAUAUCCGGGGCUGGGACGUGGAGACCGGCCGCAGCGUCGCCAGCGUCACCUGGGCAGAUGGAACCACCAACGUCUACAGGGUGGGCCACAAGGGAAAAGUGGACCUCAAAUGUACCGUGGAGGCUUCUGGGGGCUUCUACUACAAGGAACACCUCCCAAAAUUAGGGAAACCAGCGGAGCUGCAGAGGAAGGAGAGCACCGACAGGCAUCCCUUCCAGCACGGGGACAAGGUGAAGUGCCUGCUGGACAUCGACAUCCUGCGGGAGAUGCAGGAGGGCCACGGAGGCUGGAACCCCAAAAUGGCUGAGUUCAUUGGCCAGACAGGGACCGUGCACAGGAUCACGGACAGAGGGGACGUGAGGGUCCAGUUCAACAGUGAGACCCGCUGGACUUUCCAUCCUGGAGCCCUGACCAAGCUCAACACCUUUUGGGUUGGUGAUGUGGUCCGGGUGAUAGAUGAUAUGGAAACAGUGAAGCGGUUCCAACCUGGUCAUGGGGAGUGGACAGAUGAGAUGGCACCUACCCUGGGGCACAUUGGGAAGGUGAUCAAGGUCUAUGGGGACGGAGAUCUGCGAGUGUCAGUGGGGGGACAGUCCUGGACCUUCAACCCUGCCUGCCUGACAGCCUACCAGAGGGAGGAGGAGGCCAACCUGAUGACCACAGAGAGUGCCAAGGAAUCCAAAAGUACUUUGGUGACUGUCCUGGAGAAGCUGCUGUCCCAGAGGACGGAGUCAGAGCACGCAGGAUGCCUGGUCAUUUGUGCAGCCCUCAACAAUGCGGCCAAAGUCCGGGAGCUCCUCCAGAAAUACCCAGACAAGGUCGAUGCCAAGAACCAGGGCAGGACUGCCCUGCAGAUUGCCUCUUACCAGGGGCACCUGGAGGUGGUGAAGACGCUGCUGCAGGCACACGCCAACAUCGACCUGCGGGACGACGAGGGGGACACGGCGCUGCACUACGCAGCCUUCGGAAACCAGGCUGAAGUUGCCCGUGUGCUGCUGGCCAAAGGGGCCAGUGCAGACCUGCUGAACAAUGCCAAGUGCACAGCCCUGUACGUCGCUGUCAGCCAGGGCUUCACGGAGGUGGUGAGGGCCCUCUGUGAGCUCAACUGUGAUGUCAACCUCCCAGAUUCCCAGGGAGACACCCCCCUGCAUUAUGCUAUCACUCUGGACUACAAAGUCGUGAUUGAGAUUCUCACUGAAGUUCCCAACAUAGAUUUCACCGUCCAGAACUGUCAGGGCUUCAACCUGCUCCACUAUGCUGCCCUGAAAGGCAACAAGCUAGCCAUAAAGAAGAUUCUGGCCAGGGCUCGGCAGCUGGUGGACUCCAAAAAGGAAGAUGGAUUCACUGCCCUGCACCUCGCUGCUCUCAAUAACCACAUGGAAGUGGCUGAAAUUCUCAUCAAAGAGGGCCGCUGCGACGUGAACCUGAAAAACAACCGGAACCAGAGCCCUCUGCACCUGGCUGUGAUCCAGGGCCACGUGGGGAUGGUGCAGCUGCUGGUGAGCCAGGGCAGCGAUGUCAACGCCGAGGAUGAGGACGGGGACACGGCCAUGCACAUCGCCCUGGAGCGCCAGCAGCUCAUGGCCCUCGCCAUGGAGAAGCGGGAGGGCGAGAUGGGAGCGUCCCUCCUGUCCAAGCUGCAGGCUUCUGGCUUCCUGGGAAACGUGGAGCUGAAUGUUGGGACUGCCAUUGCCUGCUACUUAGCACAAGAAGGAGCAGAUAUUAAUUAUGCAAAUCAUCGAGGAAAGUCUCCUUUGGACCUCAUUACAGAUGGAAGGAUUGUGCAGAUUGUCAAAGACCUCUCACAGAAAUUCAGGGAACAGCAGGUUUCUUCUGAGAGCUCAACCAUCACCUGCAGCCUUCGCCGUGUGCACACCACGCCCAACACCAUGACCAACCUCAGCGUGUCCAGCGUGGCAGUGCCCACUGAGUGCCUGGUCUGCUCAGAGCUGGCCUUGCUCAUCCAUUUCUUCCCAUGCCAGCACAGUAUUGUGUGUGAAGAAUGCUCCAGGAGGAUGAAGAAGUGCAUCAAAUGUCAAGUGACAAUAACCAAAAAACUGAAACAAGAGCUCUUUGAAACUCCUCUGGUUGUGCACAGCUCUGGCAGUAGCUGCAGGGCUGCUCACAACCGCUCCAAAUGUGAGCUCAAGGAUUACAGAUGCGUUCUGUGCGGGGAAUGUCUUGAGUGCCUGUCCCAAAAACUCCUCCAAAAACUCCUCCAGAACGACAUGGAUCGGGCUGAACAACUUUCUGCAGGCAGAAGGAGAAGCUCCCUGUCCCCGGACAAGAGAAAGAGCGGUGGCUGGAGAACCACGGUGGGGUUUUUGUGUCUGCUCCCUGUGCUGGCUUUGCUGGCCGUUGUGGAAUAUCCAGCUGGAGCUGCAGUUCAGGAAAUCCAGGAAGAUGUCCCAGGCUCAGCUCCGCUGGUCCCGGCUCCUCCUCGGCCCCCGGCGCGGAGCAGGCGCUACACCAUCACCCCGGGCCACCUCAAGUGGGACCACUUCAACCUCACCUACAAGAUCCUGUCCUUCCCGAGGAACCUCCUGAGCGCCAGGGACACGCGCCGGGGGCUGGCGGCUGCGUUCCGCAUGUGGAGCGAGGUGUCCCCCUUCAGCUUCAGGGAGGUCCCACGGCACCUCCCCAGUGACCUCAAGAUCGGUUUCUACUCCAUCAACCACACGGACUGCCUGGAGUCCCUGACCCACCACUGCUUCGAUGGCACCACGGGGGAGCUGGCCCACGCCUUCUUCCCGCCCCACGGGGAAAUCCACUUCGACGACCACGAGUACUGGAUCCUGGGGAACACCAGGUUCAGCUGGAAGAAAGGGGUUUGGCUGACAGACCUGGUCCACGUGGCCGCCCACGAGAUCGGCCACGCCCUGGGCCUCAUGCACUCGCUGAACCCCAACGCCCUGAUGCACAUCAACGCCACCCUGACGGGCAAGAAGAGCAUUUCCCAGGACGAAGUGUGGGGAAUCCACAGGCUCUACGGCUGUAAGGACAGGUUAUUUAUGUGCCCAUCCUGGGCAAAGAAAGGCUUCUGUGAGAAGCGCAGGAAGCUGAUGAAGAAGCACUGCCCGUCCACCUGUGACUUCUGCUACGAAUUCCCAUUUCCAACGGUGCCCCCCACUCUGCCCCCACCAAGGACCAAAACCAAGACAGUUUCUGAGGGCAGGAACGUCACCUUCCGCUGCGGGCAGAAGAUCAUCCACAAAAAAGGCAAAGUGCACUGGUAUAAAGAUAAGGAACUUCUGGAAUAUUCAUAUCCAGGUUAUUUAUCCCUAAAUGAAGAUCACAUGAGCAUCAUUGCAAAUGCAAUCAACGAAGGAACUUACACUUGCAUAGUGAAGAAAAAAGAAAGAAUCCUGACUACUUAUUCCUGGAGGAUCAGACUGAAGCACUGACACAGCCCUGAAGGAGCCCUGCAGCUCCUGCUCCUUCUGUUUCCAGUUGUUUCUUUGGCAUUUUAGAUUUAAUCUCCAGUAGUGCAACUGAAUUCUCCAGCAGCUGCUUUGGUACCUUUGGGCAAGAGAGACUCUGGGACUGGUUACUGGAAAGUCAAACUCUUCCAGAUUUGUUUUAAUGAUAAAGAAUUUAUCAACUAUUUGCUGUACAGAGAAUUAAAAACUUUUUUUUUUUUUUGGAAAAGUGUCAGAUGGAGCUGCGUGGGGCACUGUGAACUGCUGCACUCCAGGAGCAGACUCUGCCCCAGCCCCUGGAGCAGUGGGAUGGCAGCAAAAGGACAAAUUUAACACUCUCUGAGUGUUUCCCUGCCACUUUUUACAUCCUGCAAGAGAAGAAAUUACAAGGCUAAGCCUUAAUAUUGCUUUUCUUUUGUCAGGAGGAUGAGGAGCACGCAAACCCCGUUUUGUCCAUUCCAAGAUGCUCAGUUCAAGGAGCCACAGAACAGAUCUUCCCCCCAAGAGGUUUCCUGUGGUUUGAGGGUUUUCCUCUUAUCCCAAGAGGCAUUUAAUGCUCAGAGCUUGGUCUUUGAGAGGUUUGAGCUGCUCAGUUUGGUCCUUGAGGGGUCUGAGCAGCUCAGUUUGGUAAUUAAGGGAUCUGAGCUGCUCAGUUUGGUUCCUGAGGAGUCUGAGCUGCUCAAAGUUUGGUCUUUGAGGGGUCUGAGCUGCUCAAAGUUUGGUCUUUGAGGGGUUUGAGCUGCCCAGUUUGUAAUUAAGGGGUCUGAGCAGCUCAGUUUGGUCCUUGAAGGGUCAAAGCUACUCAGAGUUUGGACCUUAAAGGGUCUGAGCUGCCCAGUUUGGUUCCUGAGGGCUCUGAGCCUUGAGUCCUGGGGGAGAUGAGGUGAUUUCCUCCCUCAGGCACCCAGGAUGAGGUGAAAGUGCCACAUCCAGCUGGAAAGGAGCUGAGGGGUGGCUGGCAAAGCUGGGGGCAGGGAACAAUUCCAUGUCAUAGCCAAACUAUGCAGUGGGGUCAUGGUUUCGUCCUUCCGAGCUUCCCUGCACUCCUCUGUUUUCAGUGGCUUCCUGGGGAAGCUUCUGGAACCAGGAAUGUUUCAGCUGUUUCUCCUUCAGGGCUGAGGGGAACAGGGAGUUUUGUCUUCCUGCACAGGAAAGCAACCAGACUGCUGUCCCAACUCACCACAGCCGCAGCACAUCCACAUUCCAGCCCCACAGCCUUUACCCAGGAAAACUCUCCAAAACGGGCUGCAACUGAUAAAAUGUUUAGGAUUUGAGUUAAUCCCUUGGUGGCCUGGUGCCCAGCUGUGGCUGCAGGAAAAUGUGGUGUUUUCCAGAUCUCCCCGUUCCCAGAACAAAGUGACAGCUUCACAAAUCAGGGGCUCCAGAGCAUGAGAUUCCAACGGGAUUCCUCCUCUCCUCUUUCCCCAGAAAGGGCUGGAAUGUGGCCUUGCACAACCACUAAAGCUGAGUUCUUCUCUGGACGGAAGAAGGGCAUAUUAAAAAGAAACAAAGCAAAACCCACAAAAACUUUCACAGAAAAUAAAGUUUCAAGUCUCCAUAUUAAAUCUUUUUGAUUUAUAAAACAAUAGAGUAAUUUGUUUUGCACCACUGUAAAUACAUUUACAGAACAAAAAAAGUCUGGUCAGGGAGUAUCAAACCCAGCCCAGCUCUCUCCAAGGUAACAGGACACAAACCUCAGAAUUGUCAUUUUUCUUUUGCCCCAAAUAUAUUCAAGACACAAACAAUUUACUUACUCAAAAUAAAAAAUAAAACUCUCUUUACUG